AUGGAGGACUUUAAAAUUCACAACCUCUCCCCUAAGACUUCCAGAGGUUUCCCUUCUCACUUUGAACUCAAGUUGUCACCAAGCCAUGGGAAGACUCGAACCAGCAACCUCCUGAUUACCAGGCAGCCCACUCUCUCCCAAGGCCACAGAGAAAGACGCUUGCUGAAGUCCUCCAAAGGUUUUUGUACGGGUCUGUAUCACUGUGAUGCUAUAACAUUUGGAAAAGGAAUCAGGCUCACCGUCAACCCAAAAGAUCCGGCCCCUGUGGAGCCCACUCUCUACGUCCUGAUCCCUCAGCAGCGUGAGGGCGUCCCGCUAGAUCAGGUGGGCGACCACGUGUGUCUGGCUACGGAUUACCGUCCAAAGGAUGACGAGAUGGUCCUGAACGGGAGGGAGAGUGGGGUUACCAUGACCACGAGUAGCGCCGCUGUCUCCAAGGAAACGGGAACGUACUACUACCCCGGAUUCACCAACAAAACCAUCGACUCCUGUGAGCUCAACAGCACCUACACCAACAACGAUGACAUCUGUGCCGAAAUUCAGCCAGAGAAUGCUAAACUGAACUUCUCGCUGCUGCUGAUGAACGGAAUCCGAAUCGUGUUGACGAAGGCGGUGGCCUUCAGCACGCUGCUAACCAUGAGAGCCAUCCUCUCCUAACGCUCCUCGGACCUUUGACCUCAGCUAUCAAUGGUGUUGACAUAUAAAAACUGAUAUUACAAGAUUUUUUCUUUGACUUAGGUCAAAGUUUAUUUGCAUAAAAUACAUUUGAAAUACACAUGAAUUAAAAUAAAAUGUUCACAGAAUGAUCCAGUCUAAUGUAAUUAAUAUGAUGGUUAAAUAGCAGUAAGAACAUCACAACAAAUGCCAAAAAACAUUUUAGUACAAAAUUAGAGAAAACAAUGCAUUUUACUGUAAAACAACCUGAAAUUAAAACCUUUUUUUUCAGUUGUGAAUAAAGAGCAAAAUUCAUUUAUAAUUUGUGAAAUUUUCUCUAAUUUCUGAAAUGUAAAGAAUAUGUAGUGUAAAACUUUCUUUGUUUAAAGUUGUAUAUAAGUUGUGAUAUUUUUCUGAGUGUGGCUCUCUCUAAGUAAAAAACUAUGAAUGUAAAAGUAAAGACAUGCUUAAAAGUUAAUAAAAUAAAAUACAAUUUUUAUAUUACAAGUAAAAAAUCCAACGUGUUUAAGUGUUUCUUUUGUAAGAUAUGAUAAAUGUGUGUUUUUGUUCUAAUUAUUUUAAUAUCUCUGUAAUGUUUUAUUCUAUCCUGCUAACUUUUAAAGGAUGUUGUUGAAUUCUUGUCCUGAUCAGGUUUGUGGUUUUAGCUGUUCUGGUUCUGCUGGUCUUGUUUGGGUUUUUUGUUCUUCUGUUUUCUUCUUCACAGGUUAAAGCAUUCUGCAAUCUCUUGUGUUUAAAAGUGCUUUAUAAAUAAAGUUAAAGUUAUUAUUAUCUUGAACAUUUUCAUGUGUAUUUUUGUUCAUCUGAAGUAUAUUUUAGACCGAUGUCAUCUGCAUUUACAUUUUAGUCUUCACUGUCUUUAUGGCUCAUGUGGACUUCAGUGAUCUUUACGGUAUUAAAUAUGAUUUUGUGAAUACUUUUAGGAGGAUGAUUUUAAGA